AUGCUUGCCAGAUCAGUCUUGAGGUCCUGUGGGCCUCUUCGCCAGCUUACAAAUGAACUCACACUUCGUCCCUACACACAGAACUUCCGCACAUACGCAACCGAAGCUCAAAAACCGUCCUCCUCGUCGACGCCUUGGAUCGUGGGUGCCGCUGCAGUCGGCGCAGGCAUCAUUGGCUACAACUACCUAGGAUCUAGCAGCAAGACUACCAAAACCGACGCUCCCAAGCCCUCCGAGGAUGCGAAGAAGACGGACCAGCAGGGCCCCGCGCCUGGGAAGACCUUUACGGGUGGCGAGCAGGGAUUCAUCGAUUUGAAGCUCGCCGAGAUCAUCCCGUAUAACCACAAUACCAAAAGGUUCCAGUUUGAGCUUCCGGAUAAGGAGCAUGUGAGCGGGUUGAACGUUGCUUCUGCCAUCGUCACAAAAUUCAAACCAGCCGACCAAGAAAAGCCGGUCAUUAGACCAUACACGCCCAUCAAUGAUGAAGACGUGAAAGGCUAUCUUGAACUGCUGGUUAAGGUCUAUCCCAAUGGGCCAAUGUCCGAACACCUCCACAGCAUGAAGCCAGGCGAAACUCUCUCCUUCAAAGGUCCCAUCCCGAAGUACCCCUGGGCGCCAAACAAACACGAGCACAUCACGCUUAUCGCCGGCGGUACGGGUAUAACACCAAUGUACCAAUUGAUCCGCACUAUCUUCAAGAACCCCGACGACACGACCAAAGUCUCGCUCGUCUUUGGAAACAUCAAGGAAGAGGAUAUCCUGCUCAAGCAGGAGCUGUCGCAGCUGGAGAACGAGUUCCCUCAGCGGUUCCGGUGCUUCUAUACCUUGGACAACCCGCCUGAGAGCUGGCCGUACGGCAAAGGGUUCAUCACCAAGGAGUUGUUGAAGGAGGUCAUUCCAGAUCCGAAGAGCGAGAACAUCAAGAUCUUUGUAUGUGGACCUCCGGGUAUGUACAAGGCGAUCAGUGGUGCGAAAACAUCUCCCCAAGACCAGGGCGAGUUGACCGGCAUCCUGAAAGAGUUGGGCUACGCCAAGGACCAGGUGUUCAAAUUCUAG